AAUUUCUCUAUGAGUGUGAUCUGUCAUGUGAGUAAGCAAUUGGUGAACUCAUUUGCCCAGAGGACCAUGAGAGCUUUUUACCAUCUCAGAAAUCAAUACUGUGAGAUCAAUGGGUCUCUGCUGAAGUGCUUUUCCCCCGCACAAUCUGUGUCACACGUACACAGGGACACAAAAGAACCACAAAAAAGAGCCACAAAGACCUCACAUCAAGCUUUGCAGCUGGAAAGAAGAAUUAAAAAUAGCAUUCAAAGAGAGCACUUCUUAGGAUAGACUGCAAAAUGACCAACUUUACAGAUGAAGAUCUGGACAACUAUUUGCAAAAUCAGGUGGAUCUCAGGCAUCGUCAGGUUUCAAAGUCUGUUGAAGAUGUGCAAAAAAUCAUAAAAAAUCUUACAGCUGAGGUCAGCUCAAAGGAUGCUCGUUUCCAGUCCAUUGCAAACUCUGGAGUUCAUAAUGCCAGCCUCAAAGUAAUACUUCAUGACCAGCCAGCUUUGGUGUCAAAAUGGUCUGCAUUACUCCGAGGAAGAUGCGCAUACAACCCUGCCAUCCAAGUGCUCACUCCAACUCUGUUCCUGAUUUCGGUGCCCUUACAGGGUCUGAUGGGGUAUAAGGAGAGGCGUACGCGUCAGUGGCGUUACUACACACUGAGCGGGUCUCGUCUCCUCUCACCGGUCCGUGAGCCAGAGAAGCUCCACCAGUGGCUGGAGCUGGAGAGUUUCGUGAAUCCAAGUCAGGAGUGGCAUGAUGCCCGCAUGAUCAUUGAGGGUGAUAUUGUGCCAGCAAAGGUGGUGAACGUCUUCAAAGAGCAUCUGGAGGCAUCCAUAAAAACCUGCGGACUAACAAGUAAGGUGAGUAUGCUGGAAUCAGUUGGGUCAGUGGUGCGUGUUGCUGUGGAAACAUCAGAGGCACAAAUUGAAGUGGAAUUGGUUCCUACAGUGGAGCUAAUGAACUACUGGCCAAAGAGAGCUAGGUGGCCUCGGCUUUUUCGAAGAUGGCCCUCCACAGAGCGCGCUCGCUGUAUUAAGUCGUUUGGAUUCAAUCUAAUGGCCACAUCAAACUACCACUGGCUGCUGUCAUUCUCACGGGCAGAGCAGGUGCUGCUGAGCAAUAUAGAUGAGGACGGCGGCUGCCGCAGGAAGUGUUAUCGGGUGGUCAGACAGCUCAAGGAGGAUGUCUGGUGUCCUGGAAGCAAACCUGUCAUCACUGCCUACCACCUACAGACCCUGCUUUUUUGGACAUGUGAGAAGUACCCCUGCACCAGGGACUGGAAAGACUUCAGAGGAUGUGUAUUACGGCUGGUGCAAAAGCUACAUAAGUGUGUUAGCCAGCAUUAUCUCCGGCAUUACUUUGUACGAUCCCACAACCUCCUGAAAUACAGCAAUACUAAUGAGCUUGAUGACGUGGCAAAGAAGAUCAAUAAUUUCCUGCACAACCCCGGAACAUACGUUCAUUAGAAGCUUCCUCUGUGGUUUAGAUGGCAUAGAUCUAUGUUAGCUGUGCUUUUUCUGACUGCAUCAUAUUGAUGAGAUGAUCAUGGUAAUAGGCUGUGGUUGGCUAAGUAAGUAUGCAUGUAUUUCCUUCUUAUGUCUGUCUGAUCCAGAAAUUUUCACCAGAAUUAUUAUUAUUAUUAUUUUUAUUUUUUAAAGUAGGCCAACUUUGUUGAAUAAUUGACAUGAACAAUGCUGACUUAAUUAAAUAUUUUCUCAUCAGAAAUGCACCCUUUUUAUUUUCUAUGAUGGUGUUAUUUUGUUUAUAUUCAAAAGAUCAAUGCGUUUUUUGACAAGGAUGGUCUUUUCAGAUACUGAACUCUCAUAGAGUACUAGAGGAACCUUUAAUUAUAUUCUAUUCCAGCAGAGGGCACUGUGAUUACGUGUUACAAGAGGUCUAAAUAUCCAUAGUAAACAUGACUAGGUAAUAGCACAGGUCAGUAAUAAAGAACUAGUAUUUCUGUUUUUAGCUAAUGAUAUGUAUUGUUACAAAAAAAGGAACAAGCUAGAUUCACUGAAUAGUAGUAAGGGAAUCACAAGAGACAUCCAGGGAGUAGUUUACCCAAAGGUGAAUUCAGACAUUAUUUUUUCACCCUUAUGUCAUUCCAAACCCAUAAUGACUUUCAUCCAUUAAAUAGAAAAGGAGUUAUGUUCACACUGCUUUUUUUGCUUUUUUUUCUGGACAAAAAUAGCAUAUAGUGCCCAGAACUUCUGACACACUGUGACACUGGCAGUUUGAAUACGUAGAAGUUUUAAUGA